AUGCCCCGACGCCCACGACCUGCGAGUAGGCGCGUUGCCACAGUAGCCCUGAGCAAGCCAGCGCAUCAGAAGUCCGUUGUUCGCGAGUCUUCGCGUCCGGAAUACGACUCAUCCGUGCGUUCUCAAGAGUCCGAGGCUGAACCGAGCGGGUCUGAGGACGAGGACAGCGAUUCAGUAGCCUCGGAAGGCAUCACUGACGACUAUGAAGAGGGUGAUCUGGAUGCUCCCCGUGUUGCACAAUGGGUCGAUGAGGAGGAAGUAGACGCUUUAGCUGGAGAGACAAGCGAAGACGAAGGGAUGGUCGAAGAGGCGCCGGAUGAUGUGCAUGCUAUGAAAUCAAUACAAAAUGAUUUGUCAUCCCUACCGUUCGGAACUUUGCGCAAAGCGCAACAGAAACUGGCACAAGCCCAACCUGCUUCAGAUUCCGACUAUGACUCGGAUGAUACAGAUGGCUCGCCUCCUCCGGUUCGUCUUAAUCGCAAGGAGAACAGAGACGAGGAAGUACCUGAGGCAAUCAGGAAGCCAAAAGAGCGGCCCAAGCGCUCCAGCAAACAUGCGCCAACUGAGGUGUCUUCCAAACGACCCGUUACCCGACGAAGGACUGUAGUGGAAGUAAAGAAAGUGGAAGCAAGGGACCCUCGUUUCUUGCCUCUGGCAGGUGAAUUCGAUCCGAGCAAAUUCCGGCAACAGUACGGCUUUCUGUCCGAGUUGCAUCAGACAGAGUUGAAGACUUUACGCGAUGACCUCAAGCGUGCACGGAAGUUGCUCGCGUCAUCCCCCAGGGACUUCAGGGAGGAGCGGUCUCGCGAAGUGGACAGACUUGAGCGGGCAGUAAAGAGGGCGGAGAGCGCAGUCAACAAAGACAGGAGAGAGGAAGUAGAGCACGCCGCCCUUCAGAGGGUGAAGCAAGAAGAGAAACAGAAGCAGAAGCAAGGGAAGGGUGCCUGGUUCAUGAAACCUUCGCGAAAGAAGGAGUUGCUGACCAAGGCUCGCUAUGAGGCACUUGCUUCCAGUGGAGGUGGUCUCGCCGUCAAGAAGGCCAUCGAGAAGAAGCAGAGAAAGAUCAGCCAAAAGGAAAAGAAGUCAAGACCGUUUGCUCCCCGGAGGACUGAUGGCGAGACCCAUCGUGCAGAUAACAAGCGCACUGGGGCCCCCGGUUCCAGCGAGGCUCAGCAGCGUGCCAAACGACAGAGAACGGGGUAGGUUGGGACAUCUUUUCAUGAUGAUGUUGAACAUGUAGGCAUGUUGCUGUACAGGUAGAAUUACGAUAAUAAUAAUGGUGGGGUGUGUUCGCAUCGCGC